UCUGUAAUCGGCAUAUAAAAGUUGACCCUUCUAUCCCCAUAUAGUAUUUUAUUACUCUAUCUUUUCUUCUCUCAUUUCAUAAACCCUAGUUAGUGCAGUCGAUGGCCGGUACGUACGGUUACGAAGGCGGCGGAUCUGCUCCGCCACCAAGUGGCGGAGGAGGUGGCGGGUAUGGAUCGGGCGGUGGAGGAUACGGUGCUUCAGGUGGUGGUUACGGAGGCAGUGGUAGAGGUGGUGGUGGUGGUGGUCGAGGAGGUGGAGGAUAUGGUGGUGGUUCCCAUAAUCGAGGAGGUGGCGGUGGAUACCAAGGAGGAGAUCGUGGAGGUAGCGGUGGAUACCAGGGAGGAGAUCGUGGAGGUGGUGGUGGAUACCAAGGAGGAGAUCGUGGAGGUAGCGGUGGAUACCAGGGAGGAGAUCGUGGAGGUCGCGGCGGCGGUCGUGGUGGAGGAAGUGGUAAGGAAGGUGAUUGGCGUUGCCCUAACCCAAGUUGUGGAAAUUUGAACUUUGCUAGAAGAGUUGAAUGUAACAAAUGUGGUGCUCCUUCACCUGCUGGUUCUGAUGAUCGUGGUGGCAGAGGUGGUAGCAGUUAUAACAGAGGUGGAAGUGAUGGCGGCUAUGGAAAUAGUCGAGGGGGAAGAGGUGACAGCUAUGAAAGCAGAAAUGCUGGAGGUGGUAGAACUGGUUCUUAUGGUGGUAGUCAGGGAAGAGAUGGUGGUGGUUAUGCUCAAGGUCCUCCUCAUGCUCCUCCAUCUUAUGGGGCAGCUGAUAGCAACUAUCCACCACCUUCUAAUACUUACGGUGGAAACCCUGAUGCAGUUCCCCCGCCUGCGAGUUAUGUUGGUGGACCUGCAUCUUAUCCCCCUUCGUAUGGUGCCCCUGGUGGCUAUGGUGGGGAUGCACCAGCUGAUGCCCGUGGGGGUGGACGGGGUGGCCCGCCGGGUGGAUAUGAUGGGGGAUAUGGCGGUGGUGCCCGGAAUACAGGAGGUGGUUAUGGUAGUUCUCCAGCUGAGGCUCCGGUAAAGGUCAAGCAAUGCGAUGAGAAUUGUGGAGAUCUCUGUGACAACGCAAGAAUAUAUAUCUCAAAUUUGCCUCCUGAUGUGACCGUCGAAGAACUUAGAGAACUUUUUGGGAGCAUUGGACAAGUGGCAAGAAUCAAGCAAAAACGAGGAUACAAAGACCAGUGGCCUUGGAGCAUAAAGCUAUACACCGACGAACAGGGAAAUAACAAAGGAGAUGCAGUUCUGUCAUACGAAGAUCCUUCUGCAGCUCACUCUGCCGGCGGCUUUUUCAAUAAUCAUGACUUCAGAGGUUACAAAAUCACUGUAGCAAUGGCUGAAAAGUCUGCACCAAAGCCGCCUCCGGCAUUUGGUUCUGGCCGUGGCGGUCGAGGAGGUUAUGGUGGUGGGCGCAGGGAUAACUACAGAGACGGUGGAGGUUCUGGCCCAGAUAGACAGUCUCAUGGUGGAAACCGUUCACGUCCUUAUUGAGUUCCAGUCAAGCAUUUUAUGUACUAAAAUUUGUGGUGGGAGGGGUUUUUAAUUAGUUCCAUUUCAAGAUAUACUCUCUGUGACUUAAAAGAGGUAGGCUGUUCACUUACUUUCACUUGAGCAAUAUCCACCUUUUCUCCUUUCUUUCUGCUACUUGGGGUUGCGGAAGGGGUGAGUUUUUUCUAGUUCAGAACCUUUUUUGAUAUGUUGAAUGUUUUGAUAGAGGCGAUUGGAUAUUCUGCAAAUUGCUGCUAAGGUAGGUGAAAUAUUCAGGUGAGUGUUACUACUGUGGAAAACCGAUUACUCUGGAAUGAUGUUUGGUCUCUUUAGGUGAUUUUGCUUGCAUGUUGGAAAUGCUAGCAUCUCUGCAUUAGACCUUGUAUAAUGAAUUUGUUUCCUAUAUGAUGUUGCUGUUAAUUACUUGAACUGUUUUCUUUUACUGUGUAUCUGCUAGUUCAGUUUCUCUUCCAUAGAAGAAUGUUGAGACAAGUCUCUUAUACUUCCGCAUUUUUCAGCACAAAUGGCGGAGUACAAUGGUGAAAUACUUGCUAAUUUAUUUGUAGGGAUUAAUUGUUGGAUCAGAAAAAAGACAAACGAUCACACAGCUAUACAAAUCAUGAUGAUUGUGUUGCAUACAAUUUGAGAAAACAAGGCAGUAUAUUGAUUCUUUGGUCUGAGCGCUUGCAAGUUGGUUUCAAUCAAUUUACAGGAAAUAGUAUUAGCGUCCAAUUCUUUCGUCGUUCUAAAUAAAAUUGUGAGUGGCAAUAAGGAGUUACUUUUUUGGUGCAUGGAAGUUGCUUGAAAUUUUAUGUUGGUACUUUUGCAGGUUUUUUGGAACCCUUUUUAGCCAUGUGUCUGUUUUUAUCAUUUUCUAAUUUGGUACUUGCAAAUUAGUACUUCUAGUGGAUAGUAGGACAUUCUAGUUGUAUGACCUUGACU